AUGUUGUCAACUGAUUAUUUCUACUUACUGUUGCUUGCAAGACAGUUAGGUUCUACACUACCUACUGUUGCUUGCAGGACAGUUCAGUUCUACACUACCUACUGUUGCUUGCAGGACAGUUCAGUUCUACACUACCCUCUGUUGCUUGCAGGAAAGUUCAGUCCUACACUACCUACUGUUGCUUGCAGGACAGUUCAGUUCUACACUACCUACUGUUGCUUGCAGGACAGUUCAGUUCUACACUACCUUCUGUUGCUUGCAGAACAGUUCAGUUCUACACUACCUACUGUUGCUUGCAGGACAGUUCAGUUCUACACUACCUACUGCUGCUUGCAGGACAGUUCAGAUCUACACUACCUACUGUUGCUUGCAGACCAGUUCAGUUCUACACUACCUACUGUUGCUUGCAGAUCAGUUCAGUUCUAUACUACCAACUGUUGCUUGCAGGAAAUUUCAGUUCUACACUACCUACUGCUGCUUGCAGAACAGUUCAGAUCUACACUACCUACUUUUGCUUGCAGGACAGUUCACAUCUACACUACCUACUGUUGCUUGCAGGAAAGUUCACAUCUACACUACCUACUUUUGCUUGCAGGACAGUUCACAUCUACACUACCUACUGUUGCUUGCAGGACAGAUCAGAUCUACACUACCUACUGUUGCUUGCAGGACAGUUCAGAUCUACACUACCUGCUGUUGCUUGCAGAUUUCUACUCAAUGUUGCUGACAGAACAUUGCUCAGUUAAAACACAUUUCUACCCACUGUUUGUAGGCAGAUAG